CAUGCAACACUUAUAGACCAAUUGAAAGCUACAGCCUGGAUAUAAAUGGAGCCUGAACUUGUCAGCCUUCAGUCUGAGUUUGGAAAAGGAGAUCAUCAUGACUAACGGAAUCAACGAAAGAUUCAGCACUUUGCUGGCACAAUCAAGCGUCGUUCCAAGGAAGAAGUACAAAAAAUACUCUACAGGAACAUACAUCGGACUUAUUGCUUAUGCGAUUCUAGAUUCACCGGAGAAGAUGCUCACAUUCAAACAGAUAAUGAAGAAGCUGGAGCCAUUUGUCUUCGGAGACAAAAAAGGCAUUGAGAACAACAUCAGAGUCUGCUUAUCGUCUAACAGGUGUUUUGCAAAGGUGCCAGUCGAUCCGGAUUAUCCAAAUCCUAAAAAGAACUUCUGGAAAGUGGAUGAGAGUGGCAUCACUGCAAAAAUGUUUCGUCGACAUUUCAAAUACAUAAUGAACGUGUUCCCUGGCCUAUCCAUUCAGGCACAUCGGGUGGAUGAAUGUGAAGAUAAUUCUUAUGCUCCUGAGCCUCUCAAGCCAGUUUGCACAGUCCAAGAAAACAAAAUCGACGUCAAAUUUUCAGGCCCAUUUUCCAUAGAAUCACUACUAAAGAGCGACCGCGAAGUGAAGCGCAUGCGCAGCACGCGUUUGGAGGAACAUAGACGCUACAUAGACCCACAGUGUGGAGCGACCAAGAGAAAAAACUUUUAUGAAUACAACACCGUGGAGUGUUAUUACCCUGUGUCAGCAGUGGGAAGUCAGUUUGUCUCCGCAAAAAGACCUCGUAUUUCUUCAGGAUCUUCGUUUGGACUGUCUUCGCCUCCACAGAUCACAUAUGAUCACCCUGUUCUCCUCAGAUCUCCUUUCAUGUAUGAUGCUAGAUAUGUCAGGUGGUGAACUUCCAGAAUGACCAAAUGUAAAUAUUCUGAAAUUGCACUUUGUUUUUGUUGUUCACUUUUCUUUUUUUUUUUUUCUU